CAACCGCUACUUGGACGAUACUUGUGAAGUUGCGACACACGCGUGCGCGCGCGCGCGCGCGCACCACGGUACGUCGUCGUGCACGCAUCGGCCGGCGGUGACACGCGGCUACUCCGAAAAAAAAAUAUAUAUCCGCUGUCGCACACACGGGCGCCUCCUUUCUGCGUCUCGUUCGGAUUAGACUCUCUCUCUCUCUCCCUCUCUCUCUCUCUUCGUACUCCAUUCGCGUUCGCGCGGCGAUGCUAUCGAUGUGUGGUACAUAGAACCGCGCAAGUGUGUACAGUGUGUGUACGUGUACGAAGUGUACAGUACGCAUGGAAUAAACGUGUCCCCGUCGUCGCUGUUUGCCUUUCGCGUGUAUACGUGCGUGUCGUGCGCGCUGUCCGCUCCCUCUUUCCGUGUCUCUCGCCUCUCUCCCUCUCUCUGUCUUUCUUUCUCGCUUUUCGAACGGUGUGUACGCGCAUACGUGCGUAUGUACCACCGGAAUUCGCGAACGCACGCCACGAGUUUGCGAGGUACGCCGAUCAGCGAAGCGGCGUGCGAUACCGGAACAGAGUGCCUCGUGGACGAUGUCGGAUCGGAUCGUCCGGUUGCAGUUUCGCGACGAACCGUUAGACACGUUUUCACCUCCGCCGAUCGCCGGUCGCCGCCGCGAAGCUUCCACUCGAAUUUUCGCGAUUUCUUCCUUUUCUCUCUUCGUGAAUGCGCAAACAUUGAUGUCCCGAUCGCGACAAUCGCGAUUCCAAUCCCCUAAUGCCGAUUAAUUUGCGACAGGUUUGCACGUUCCUGCGACAUCCUGAAAAAAAGUUUUCCGUGUGAAUACUUGUGCGGUAAAAACACGCCAACAUAAGGAGUAUAUUGCUCUUUUGUGGCGAACUCGAAAGUGAAUGUAGUAAAUAAUAGACGUUUGAUAGUUAAUGUCGAUGGGUCGUAUGAAUAAGAACAAAUGCUUGGUAAAAAAUCUCUGCAUGUAUCUAAACGUAUAUCACAAGAAGAGACAUUUAAGUUUCUGGAUGUAGAGCGAUAUUACUUCUUCUCUCAAAAUAUUAAUGAGCGAGAUAAUAAAAAUCCAGACCUUCAGUAUGGUGUGAGUUGUCAUGACUCUUCUAUUGUUCCCAACAAUGGAAUACACAUAUUUGACGUUGCGCCACAAUGGGCGCUAUCAAACAAUUUGCAGUGGAUUGAUCUGCAAGCAUUGGUAGCACAUAAUACUGUGCAAGACAUAUAUGAUUUACAUCACAAAGAGAAAAAUAUCACGGAAGCUAGUAAUCUAAGUUCAAUAUAUUCUACAAAGUUAUCGCAAACGGCACAACACAAUGAUAGGAUAGUGAAUUUUAAUAUACUAGAUAGUACGGUUAAUAAAUCACUAUCCGGACAAACGAGAAAACUGCAGAAAGAACAAAACGAUAGGCUGGAUAACUACCAGAAGGAUUUUGGUGUAGAGACAAAACUUAAAUUAUUAAGUAUCAAUAAAACGACGGAAUCCAUACAUUCAUUCACAAAAAAUCAAACCAAAAUUUUGCCUGAAUCGAGGAAAGAAAUUUAUCAUGAUACAGAUAUUAAUUUUUUUAAUUGUAUGUCAAAGUAUUCAAUUAAUACGCAAAAUGUCGAAACUGAAUUGAAACUCGCAUCAGACAAUAUUGAGCACAAUAAGGAAAAGGAAGUUUGCAACUCUGAUAGUACUAUUUCUGUAGUCGUUAAUGAGCCACUUGAUUUAGUAAUACAUUCGAAAAAAAGUACACAACGUAGUCAUAGUGAGGCAAAAGAUCGUAUCUGUAGUUAUCCAUAUUCAUCAAUUGGUGAUAAAGGGACACUUCUGGAUGGUGCCAUUUUAAGAAAGAUAGAUCAUUCCCCUAAUAUACAGACUUAUAAUGCAGAGUACAAGAAUAUAGAUUAUGGUUUAUUGAAAUUUUUUGAUUUAAAUGAGUUGUCAUCUAAUUCAGAUAGAGAUAAAGAAUCAUUGAAAACCAUCAGUAAGUUGCAUACUAAUAGCAGUGAAACAAACGGAAGAACUGUAACAAACAACGACUUGAAACAAGAGAGAGCGCAUAUCUUGGACAAAUACGUCACGCAUGUAUUACCAUCGCGUUUAAGUAGUGACAGUAAAACAUCGUCUUGGACACAUUUGCAGUCGAAUGCCAAAUGUAACAAUAUCAAGAGAGAGUAUACCAAGGAAGAGGCACGCAAGUCAGAAAAUACUGAUCUGGUGCAACUGACUGCUUGCAUCCCAAAAUUAAGCAAUUGGGCGUGUUUCGAAAUGUCAGGACAGUAUCCAGGUCAUAGCCGACCACCGGUUGGCACACCUCCACCGCAAACUGUCUGGAAUCAUCUCACUAUGGCACAGGGACAAGCUCUCAAUAUGCACCCAACAGCAUUAUCUGGUACUGCAUUGAGUCCAGCUGGGUUCUACACACAUCCAUCUAUGGCGCGAGCAUCCCAUCUACCGUCUCAACUUACUCCUCAACUCGCUCAUACGCAAGCACCACCGACGUGGCACACACCCACCGUCCCUUCGAAAAGUGUUACGCCGGCUAACACACCGGGCAAUCCUCUAUUCAACUUACAAAUGUUAGUGGAUAAUCGGCCAAAUCAAAAUCAAUACAGAAACUCGCCCGGUUCGCAGAGUACGUUAGAUCUCUCGUCCACAUCGGAGAUGUCCAUUCCGGAGAAUUAUUCUCGAUUACCUCAGGAUAUUCCUAUCAGUUUGACCGCAAGAAACGUAGACAAGGGCAGUCGAAACGGCAAUAUAAUCUCACCGCCGAUUCCGCUGAAUGGGGAGACUUCGUCAGAUAGCGGAAUCAGCUCGUCCGUACCGACGCCGAAUUCCGUCAGUGAACCGGUCUCACUAUCAACGAAAGAGCUCACUACUCCUAAAAUAACAGUGAAAAACUUUGAGAGCAAUAUAAAGGGAGUCGCGAAUCUUCACGAUAAAAAGGAAAUAAAUGUAGAUAAUUUUUCGCAGAAAGUGAUAAAUUUGCCGCCUAGUGUGACGAUAGAGAGAGUGAUCGCGGACAAGAAGGAAUCCGAAACUGUGAAACCUAAGGACACUCUAAGUGUUAUCGCGCAAGUGCCAAGGAAUGUCUUACCUGUUAUAGUUAAUCUCACCAAAAUAGAAAAGGAUGUUACAGAUAGCCCUAAAAGGGAAUCCUCCUCCGAGAGAGACAGGAAGCAUGACGAGACGAGCGUGAGAUCGCCUAAGAAUUUACCGAAGAGAGGAAAGAAAGGUGUCGAUUCUCUAUUAGAGAAAUUGGGGGAUGGAAAUAAGAAGCUUGGAAGUAGCGAGAAUAUUGGCUCAGUGAUUGUAACGCCAAUAGAGGAGAAGGACACGUCCAGUGUUAAAAGCAUGUCGCCGGAGAGACAAAAGUCUAAAUCGCCAAAUCGCGAAGAUGAGGUCGUAUCGCCAGCUUUCAGCAAUGACGACUCGAACGACAAUACCAAGCAGCGAAGGAAAAGAAAACUUGAAAAGCCUGUCAGACUGAGUAAGGACUCGAAAACGGAAGUUGAAGAUAUGGAACUCGAACCUACGGAACCCACGGAAUCGAGAAUUAUCGAUUCGAUAUCAGAAGAGGCGGCUAGCUCCGCGCCAACGACUGAUUCGGUUAAGACCGAAGAGCAGAUUGCUAGAGGAGCGGAAGAGAGAAUAUCGAACAAGACAAUAGUGGAUGAGAAUGCGGAGGAAAUAUCAGAGGAGAAUCAGCCGAUUCGAAGGCGAAGAAGUAGCGAUGAUACUGCGAUUAGUAACUUGACAAAUCCGGCGAAUCAAAGGGUACGAAGAAAAUCCAGUGACGAUGCGUCAUCUGAAUUGUCCAAGGUGACGAGUCCGAAAACCGCGAACAACACAACGACAUCGACAACAAAUGCUUUUGUUGAGGUCGAGUCAGAACUGGCGAAGAUGUUCGCCGGAAUAGUAGAAGCGGAUUCAGAUGUCAAAAAUGAAGAAUCAAAAGCAGAACUUGCAAAUGCGGAAAUUCAAGGCGACAGCGAUGCUGCGAAAAUCGAAGGUCUCGAAAAUAGUAUUCUGUCGAUGACGACGGAUUCUCAGAACGCUCAGAACAAUCCCAUUGAUGUUUCUUCAACUGUGGACACAAAGUUAUCAGGAAAAAAGGGUAAAAAGAGCAAAACGCAAGGCAAAAGAAAAAUAUCCAGGUCGUCGGAAAAUAUUUUCGGCACAGCGAGUGAUUCUCUACCGAAGGAAACGAAGAAGAGGCGAAUAUCUAAAGGUUCGAAGAAACAAGAUCAGAUUUCGAAGAAGGCAAAGAAAAACACCAAGGUCGACGGCCUCAGGGAGAUGGCAUAUGAUUCUGGCUCGAAUGCGAGUUCGAUUAGAUCGCGGGGUCCGGUAGUCCAUGUAGAGGGCCCUAGAGAUAGUCCAUUGAGCAUCCAAGUGGUCAAUGCACCGCGGGAAGAGGAGGAAGAAAAAACUAAGGAGAAACGAAAAAGCGUCGGCAACGGAAACGGAGGCCGAAGUAAAAGACUCAGUCAUCAGAACGAUUUAGAUUAUAGAGGUAAAGUUAGUAGAGCAGGUCUCUUCAGUUCAACUUUAUCAUCGCGAUACGAUGCACACACCACAGAUUCGACCUGGGUCUGUGUAUUUUGUAAGCAAGGUCCUCAUUCUGUUAUACCCGGAGAUCCGUCCAGGCCACAUCCGAAUUUGGCCGGACCGCACAUUGCAACUGGAACAUACACAGUUCCAGCUGGUGUAUUAGGCGAUUUAUUUGGACCAUAUUUGAUCGGCAAAGAACGAUUAGAGGAUGGUAUUUUAUCGGCUGAUGAACAAGAAAUUACGACGGAACAAAAGAAAGGCGGCAAGAAUAAGAGGAGUUUAAGGUAUGCGGGUUUGGCGGAUCAGUUCUCUGCAAAGAUGGGUAAGAAAAAACGGAACUCAAUUGAAAGUAAUACAAAUACCAUCUUCACGGGUAUGACUCUAUAUCCCGGUGGAGAGGAGCAACGAUGGGAAGUAUGGCUUCACGAACAAUGUGCGGUAUGGGCAGCUGGAGUUUACAUGGCGGGCGGUAGAGUGACAGGAUUACAAGAAGCGGUAUGGGAUGCCGCCAAGUCGAUAUGUGACUCUUGUGGCUUGACGGGGGCGAACAUUGGUUGCGUGAAACGAGGUUGCAAGGCUGUUACGCAUUAUCCAUGUGCAUUGACGAAAGGUUGGCAUCUCGACACAAAUCAGUACAUACCUAAGUGUAAUCUUCAUCGAGUUACGUGAAACGUUCCGGUGAGUCUGUGAACAUAGGCUAAUGUGAAAAUUAGGUCAUAUUCACAUUAUAUCACUGAAACCGGCUUUAAUUAGAUG